AUGGCCCAAGGGAAAUUAAAAGUCAAGACCAAGUUACCCGAGGGUGUGAAAGCUCAGAAAAGCGAGGCCUCUUUGCGCAAACAAGCAGUGAAACCACUUCGCAAAGGUUCUCGCACAAUUAGCACGAAGAAGAAACAUCAACAAGAGAUGAAUCAAAUGAAGAAAAAUAUGGAAAAACUGAUCAAAAAAUCCAUUGAGGAGGACGCCAUAGCAAAGGUCGCAAAUGCUGAGCCUCGUUCCUUGCAGAUUUUGAAAUAA